AUUUUAACUUUACAAAGUGGACGGUGUACGAACGUAAUAAAUCAGUGUCUCCAAGGAAAUAAUAUUGAUAAUUUAUGUGUUUUAUAUAGAACCUAAAGAUGGCCAAUGCCAUUCCCAAGUCCUGGAGAUUGAUUUGUUACGUGUAGUACUCGUGGACGGUGUUAAAGAUGAGAACGAUUUACUCUUCAAUAUACCUUGAACACUUUGACCAUGGACGCUGACGGAUCAAGGGCCAAUUCUACAUUAGGCUCAGUCGUCAGUGAUGGCAGCACUAAAUAUGCUCACAGCAGUCCAAUUCUACAAGCAAAUAGAAUUCAAUCCUUCAACGAUAUUGGCUCAAACUCAAUGGGCAAAAUGGACGCGCCGACCUCGCGACCGUGUGCUAUAAUCGGACCUGAUAGAGUGCUGCCAUCCAACGCUGGGGAUAUUUAUUUAAAAAAAACAGUUGCACCUUGGCCAUGUCCAGAAAAUGUUUAUCGCCAUACAACUGAUUACCAAAGUAAGCUACCUGAAUAUCAACCAAACAGAAACAUAUCACCAAGACAAACAUUCCAAGAGAAUAUGCAGCGCAUAAUGGUCCCGCCUACUUAUAGUUCAAUAAAAAUACCUGAGGAAUCGAGCUCAAAAAAUACCAAAUUAAAUAUGCCUCACGAGGCUAAAUACUGUGAUGUGCCUUAUAAUAAUUCUGUGAAUAAUGAACUUAAGAGUGUAAGAAAUCCUGACAUUCCUAUAACAAAUAUGAACCCUGCUUUUGGCAGAAGUGUGCCGCCAUAUGGUUGGCCCCCUGGUGUAAAUGUGCGACCCUUGAGACCUUAUGGUGCUCCUGAUUUCUAUCAGUAUUCAGAAUAUCCCAGUUGUGCUGGAACAAGACCGAUGGUUCGUCAACAUCAAGCACUGAAUGGAGAAUCUACACAAAUGUAUCCGGAUCAUCUAUACCAAGAAUCAAAUAUCUCCUUUAAGCCAUAUCCAUUGGCUAAGGAACGGCAUCCGCAAGUAAGGUAUGAUUACAUAAAUAAUUACCCUAAUUCAUUUCACCCAUCAAACCCAUUCCCACCUCAUAGAUAUGACUUACAAAAGUCAAUUCAUGGCCAUCCAUAUCCUGUAUAUCCCCAAAUACCAGUAAAGUACUUAGACAGAAGAAUCCAUGAGCCUAUACCAGAUUCCUAUCAGAGGUCUUCAAAUACACCAAAUUUUAUGGCAUACAGAAAUCAACCUGUUGCUCCUCCAUAUGGUCCAUUAUCAGGUAACUGUAUUCAAAAUAAGCCAUAUGCUCUUGAUGGCUCUUCAAAGCCUAAUAAUAAAAUACAUUUUGAGCCAAAUAGUAAAGUAUAUGUGGAUCUUGAACCAAAACAUAAUAAAGGUUAUCCUAUCCCUGAUAACAUUUAUUUAAAUGAGAUGAAUCACCAUCAAUCUUUGAGAGGUGAUAUAUUGCUACAGCCCAAUUCUACACUGAGUAUGCAUACGGUACCCCAACACGCGAUCUAUAGAAAAGAUAACACAUAUCCCAAAAAUUUUGAAUACAAUAUACAAUACAGGAAUGUUGAUCAGCCCAUGAAUAAUUCACUACCAAGGUUCCCAUUACAAUAUUCACCAAAUACGUUAGCCAUAUCGCCCUCAGAUUCAAACACUAGCAAUGAUACUGCGCUAACUUUAGGCGCACCUCAAGAGGACUGUGGUUAUGUUAGUCAAUCUUCGACUACAAGUGUGAGAAGUUUAGAUUCUUACAAUAUACAAGCCACGAACGACACUCUAAGAAGGCAUAACUAUAAUAAUUAUGGUAUACAGAGAAACAACGGAAAAGAAAUGAUAUCGAAAAGAAAAAGUAGUACUUCUGAUAAGAAAAAUAUUAAUGUUAGACAAUUUUUACAAAUGUGGAAUGAAGGAGAUGACGAUAUUAGUGAAACCAAUAAAGAAACUGGGACAUCAAAUGAUUCCACGAAGAAUGACGAGGAACAACUUUAUGUGCUAGGUUUAGUAAAUGUUCCUAGUGAUGAAAUCGGAAAAUAUGAGCAUAUACAAAAAAUUUCUAAAUUGCCGGAAAAUAUUAAAGGCUACAAUAGCUUAGAGUUAUUAAAUCAAUAUGAAGAACUUUUGGAACCAUCAAACACCGACAAAUUUACUUCUAAGCCAAUAAUGACGAGACAAUGUAACCUUCCGCUAAGAAAUACAAUAAAUAAGGAACAUAUAACUGUUCCUCGCCCAAUGUCACCAUUAGAUGUGGAAGCAAAAAUAAGUCAAUCUGUAAUUCACAAAGAAGUAGGUUGUAAUUUUGAAAUUAAACCUUGUAGUCCUGAAAUGUUAAAUGUCGAAGUGGCAACGCCAGUACAAAAUAUAUUAGGUGAAAGAUCAAUAGAAAAAAUUGUUAAUCCAGUCAUUACUCAUUCACCGUUAUUACAUAACGAUGAGAGUGAUAUAAAAACUUCAAAUAUUAUUAAAAAUACGAGUUGCAACAUGACAAAUCACCCAUUCACAUCAGAACCGUCUAACGGCAAUAUAAAGGCUAAUCAUUACAGUACACAAGAUCUUGAAACAAAUGCUGGUGUAUGCUUAGCGUCUUUACCGCAACUUGACAAUGAUUUGGAACUUAAUUUCCCUGAAAUUAAUCAACAGUUUAUUAAUGCAAACAAAAAAGUAUCAAAUGCUAUUACGUCUCCAAAAAUGUCAAUGGUUGUAGAUACAGACCAGAAAACUAAUGUAUUACAUGAAAAAUCCACUCAUCAGCAGAUAAAUUUAUUGUCUCCUCACACUGCUUCCAAUACAGAGAAAGAAGUUUCAAAGCUGAGUAAAUACAGGAAAAAUAAAAAAAUUGAACCGUCUACUCCUUCUCCUAAUGACUUUGCGAAAACAAUUAUUUCCCCUAUCACAACGCAGAGAAUAGACAGUGUUAUAAUUAAGAAUCCCGAAAAUAUAAAAUUACAGGACAUUCAAUCUAACACAAGUUACGGCUUAAAUACGUUACUGGAAGAUCAUAAUGACACUUUUAAUAACAAUAACCUUUCUUUUGAAAAAGCGAUUGAUUUUAGUUUAAAUAAGAUUGAUGUCAAUGUACCUAUAGGAAAUACCGUUCUUAAUAAUAUUAAUUGUACGGACACUCCUAUAGCAGAAAAACAUUGUGACGCAAACACAACUUGCAACAAUGUCAGUGCGGAAGUUAUAUUAAAUAAAAAUGAAUUUACAUUAGGACUUGAGAAAAAUCCUGAAGAUAAAAACGAUAAACCUGCAACACAUGAAAAUGUAUCUGAAAAUCAUGAAAAUUUGUGUACAUCACAACAAAUUUCCAAUGAGGAAAAUAAACACAGAACAAUAAUAUCUGUCGAUAAUGAUAGGCAAGAGGAUAAGUUUUCAAGAAAAAUCAUUCAAAAUAUUAGUGAUGAAAACCGAGAUGAGCCCGUUACCACAUCAGACAGUGUAUCUGAAAACUUUCCAAUAAAACAAGAUAUAUUUUCACUUAAUCUUCAACAAGAAACGCAAGAUCAAACUCAUAUCAAACAAGGUGGAAAUAUUUUCUCUUGUCAAGAAAAUAAUGUUGAAAGUGUAAAAAAGAAAGAAGAUGAGUUUCCAAAUGCAUGUGAAUUUACAAACUCUACGGGUGACAAUAGUUUCGAAGAAAUGUUAUCUGAAAAAUCUAAGGAUAGUCCUAUGGAAAAACAUUUUAGCAAUCUAAUUGGUGAUAAUGCCUCCAAAACUGAAUUUCCGGUAUUGAGUGUGAUACAUAGUCGACAAACUAAGGAUGAAGUUUCUAUACUUCCUAACAAUGUAACAAUUAGUAACAAUGAGGUUAACAAAUCCGUCAUAAAUGAAAGUGAAAUACAAACAUCGAAUAUUACUAAACAAAAAGUAUCAGAAGCUACAGGCGGCAUUUCGAACAUUUCCUUACCAAUAUUAGACCCCAUCUCAGAAAAAGAUAAUGUUUUUUUUGAAAGCAUCACGAACAGUGACAUCGAAAAAAGUGAAAAGAUAACUGUAUCUGAUGCAGAGGAGAGUAUUAAUACGGGUGAUAAGGAUAAAUUGCAUCAAAUCACAGAAAAAGUAAACAUGUGUGCUCAACAAAACGAGGUUACCGUAGCCUCUAGUAUUUCAGCUGACACAAAUUUAACACAAGCAACUAAUGUAUUAGAUAAAGAUUUACCUGACCAUCCUGAAUUCAAUAUCAAUGAAAACAAUAUUGAUACCAAAUAUAUCUCAAAUUCACUUUCAAGCACUGGGUCAAUGGAAACUACAGAUCAAGACUUUUACGGUGAAAAUCAACAUUUUCACAAGAAUAUAGCAAAUUUUAAUUCCAUAGAAGGUCAUACUCAAGCGAAUCGGACAGGAGCAAAUGGCAGUUGCGAAACAAAAAGUUUCGACACAGGUUUACUCGAAGACUUUGAGUCCGAGAAAUUACUUGAACCACAACAAUUUAAUGAUGUUUUUAAUAAAAAUGAAAGCAUAAUGGAAAAUGAAGGUUUACCAUCUUUUUCUCCAAAGAUACCAACAAAUAAUGAAAUAAACACUAACCCAGAUCCUGUAAUGCAUGAGACUACAAAGACAUUUAAUAGGGAUGAUGUACUCAAUUCUGUUGAAGAAAAUAAUACUGAAUAUAAAUCAGAAAAUGAUGUAAGUUCCUCAAAAUCGUACUUCCCUCAAAAUGAACACGUGCUAAAUAAUAAUGAAUCCGACAUCGAUUUAAAUUGUGAAGAACGAUCGAUUAAUAACAAUACCAUAUUAAAUGAAAUAAAAAAUAAAAACAUUGAUAGUGAAAUGAGUAUUAAUGAUAGAAUUAAAUUACAUUGUACUCAAAUUUGUACUAAUUACAAUGUUGAAGCAAAUGACAAUGGUGCAUUUUAUCGUAAAAAUGUAAAAAAAUAUAAGAAUCUUUUUUCUCCUUGGCUACAAAAACUAAUUAUGCAUACUGAAGGGAUUUGCGUUACGAAUAAGGAAAUACGAAGUGAAGAAGGAUUUAAUGGAGAUGGGAAUGAGUUUCAAACUACACCAACAUCAGUUGAAAACAAAGGAGUUACUAAUCUAAAUGAAGACUUAGAACAUCAUUUAAAAGAAGACAUAUCUGUAAAUGAAAAUUAUAUCCAGGAUAACAUUAUUGACACGAGUGACACUACCUUAGUACUUAUAUUAUCUUCAGAGAAUCCAAAAGAUGACUUGAGGCCUGUUAAUGACAUCAAAAACUGUGUUGAUACAACACCAAAUGAGAUAUUAAGUCAAAAAUUUGAAAAAACCUUGGAAAAUGAUAUAGCAGUUCAUACAAAAAUUAAUAAUAGGACACAGUUGUUUGAGAAUAAACCUAAGAAAAUAUUAAAAAGAUCUCUUUCUGAAUCAGCCAUAGAUAAUAGAACUGAUGUGGAUGCAAACCUGUUAACAUCUACUAAACGGAGGAAAGUAAAUGAUAUACUUCAAUCAAAUAUAACAGCAGAGGAUUUGUGCAACAUAGUUCAGAAUAACAGAAGAAAUUCAAUAUCGACAUUUUAUAACGAAGAAAGUGUAUAUAUUUUGAUAGACAAUGAACUAAUAAUUACAGAAGAAAACGAGGAGUCAGAUAAAAUAUGUUUCGCUGAUAGUAAUGUAUGUAUCCCCCAUGAAGAAAGCGAACCAGUGUUUGAGAAGAUAGACAAUACUGUUGAAAAUGAUGAUCAUCUUAAUGGGCUCCAUAACAACAACGAAAACAACGCAGAAGAAUCGUGGUAUGAGGAUGUAGCGUGUAUAGAAACAGUAUUUAGUGACGAUGUAGCUGAAGAUAUUACAAUAGAUGAAAACAAAUCUCCAAAAAUAGCAACUGAAGAAGAUAGUGAAAACGAUGACUCACAUAUCUUUGAAGAAAUGCGAGAAUGUGAACAUAUCAAUAAGAUCCGAAAUAUAUAUGGUGAUUCUGUAUCUAACGAAAAUGUAAAUUUGUUAGAAACAUUGUACAGAACACCACAGAUGGAUGUUAACAAAACUCUAGUUCACAUAGAAUCUCAUAAUUUAGAAGCUUGUUUUUUACAAGAAGAAACUUCACCAACACAUGGUCAAAAUGAUGACAUGAAUAAGUUAAGAAACGGUCAUUUGUGUGAACGCAAUUGUUUCGUCGAUGAUAAAGAAAAUCUUUCAAAUGAUUCACUCGUAGAAAAUAAAACUUUGAAAACAUACGGCGACGUAAAGGAGAGUAAGGUUAACGUUUUAUUUUCCGAUGAUAAAAGUCUCGAUGAGCCUUUCUUCAAUUCGUGUGAAAGUAGCAAUGAUAAUUUUAUUUCAAAUACGCAUAAAGAUAACUCACAUUAUUCGUAUUCAAGUUCACCUGAAGUAUCUUCCACAACGUCUGAAGAAAAAGGCAUACUACUAAAAAUAACUAACUAUAACGGAUCCAGGUCCUCCCAGACAAACGAAAUGCCUGUCGACAUGAACAAAAUCAGUUACAAACUUACUGAAAAUCAAGAGUAUCGAAGUUACAAAUCAAACUUCAGUUCCACGAGAACGUUAAUUACAAAAGCAGCUCAGAAAUACAUACCACCUCUAAAAGAAACUGUUGGUGAUUUAAAAGUCAAAUUACCACUGCCUCAACAUCACCUCAACAAACUUAAACAGCUUAAAAUUUCAAAGAUUGAACCAAAGAUCAAUGAAAACAUUAUUAGAUAUAAAAAUAGAAAUCUAAAAGUAGACAUACCAAAAAAAGCUAAACCAAAAUUCGAGGAUGUCCUUAAGAGUAUAGACGAGAUACAAUUCAAAAAAAGGAAAGAUAAAGUUAAAAAGGGUAAAAGCGAAAUACCAAAAGUGGUCAUAAAGAAGGGCGAAGAUGGGGCGCACUACACUAGUAGUAAACCGAUAAAUGACGAAGUGUAUAAUCCAGAUCUAACCGGAAGGAAAUGGCAACCAUGGGUAUUUCUGGAAAAGAACAACUUCAUUGACAGGAUGGCAAUCAAAAAGAAACAUAAAGCCAUAUAUUGUCACAGGAAGAAGACGUACGUCCUGGCUGAGAAAUUUCGUAAAUAUAAAUCGGUUUAUAACGCCAAAUUCGUAAUAACACAACCGAAAUCGAGUACCACACAUGGUAAUUUGAAAUACACUAUCAGGUUACAACACAAAUGAUCCCUAGAACAUAUUUAACACACGAGUUCCUUGAUAAUGGACUACAUAUAUUUUGUUUAACUGCCAAAGGCUGUAACUUUAGCAAUAUCCUCCACCCACCAAGAAAAUGGUCUCACCUUAUGUAAACUACAUUCCUUGUAUUGCAUCAAAGAUUUUUAUUUAUAGUUACCCGAUUAAGUUCACUUAUUAUAUUCUUAAGUUAUGGUUUAAAUUAUCAUCAGAUACCAAAUGUGAUGAAAAAUUUAUCAAAGAUAUGCACGAUAUAUUUAUAUAUAUAUAUCGAAAUGUUGAUCUGCGUUAUGUUGUUUAAAUGAUUAUAAUAAUUGUUACUUGAUAUGUCAUUCCAUCAUAGAUUUUUAUUUAUUUUAUUACCUAAUGUAAAUUAUAUAUAUACACAAAUAAUAUAAAAUUGUUAUGUAUGUUAUAUUUACGCACUGUUAGCCAUAAAAAGUAUUAUUUUGUCGUUUAUUAUUAUUAUUUAAUCCUUUUUUUUAUAUAUAGGAAAGGAUAAAAAAAAAUGUGUAAAUAAAUUAAGUUAAAAUUGUUAUAACGAUAAUUUUCAUUGAUUUGUAAUAAAAAUAAUAUAUAUAUAGACGGAAGUAAUGUUUAUAAGAAUUUAUCUUUAUACGGAGAUAUUCGAUAUUUUCUAUUGAAAUAAGUAAAAUUUAACAACACGUUGUGUAUAUCACGUUUUGUGGUGAUUGAAAUUGCUCACGUAAAUUUAAGCACAUGUACCUUAUGACGAGUUCGUAUAGUUUAACCAAAACAGACGAAUCCUAAGUUUCCAUUAAUGAUAUAACAUAUGAAUGGAAACUGUCUGUUAGUCUAACUAUACAAACUCGUGGUGGGGAGUACUAAAGUAGUUUUUAUUUGUCUUUAUAAAGUAAACUGAAAGUUUAGUCUAAAGUACAAAUUGUGUGCACCAUUACAUGUUGAGGUAUAAAAUUUUUGUUUUGUAUGUGAAAAUGCGCUUAGUUUAUUGACGUUAUUAUCAGUUAUGACGAAACAUACGGAUUGUAUGUGAAGUUAUAAAAGAGAAAUAAUAAUAAAAAGAAAAUAGUAAAAUAGCCGAAUUCAAUACUCAACAAAACACACAUUGUAAAUAAAUAGAUGCUUAUAUAAAAUAUUAAAUAACUAUGUAUUAAUACAUUUCGCACGCAAAACUGUAUUUUUAGCGAGUGUCUUAUAUAUUUUUCGAUUGAAAUGUCUUCGUGUAACACUAUAAAUACAUUGUAAUUUGAAAUAUUAGCAAAAUAUAUUAAAAAAUAAGUGCCUCCAGUUACAUUGCAACAUUGAAAUAAAAUCAUUAAACAUGGGAUCAGUGAAAUCCGCAUAUAUUUCGAUGUAAUUAAUAUAUUAUAUACACGAUGCUGUUUGAAACAAAACGGUGCCUUUAAAUUGGAUGCCAUGAUUUUUGUAUAAUAUAAAAAAAUAUUUAUUUAUUAUCAAAGAGCACGUGUUAUGAAGGUAGCGGAAACUAUAGUCAUCGAAUACGUUAUAUUACUAACGUAGACUAGUGUUGAUCGAUUUUCGUCACCGGCUAUAGUAAGAUACGAGUCUCGAGAGAAUACUAUAUUUAUAUUGGAAACCGUAAUGAUCGUUUUAUAAUAUUGAUAUGUUUUGUUAGAGGUCACCGUGCUUGAAAUGUUGUUUGUUCUAUAUUGUUUUGGCUGUUAAAUUCCAUCCUAAGUCCUUUGAUCUCAGCACAGCACACUAUGUAUAUGAAGCUUGGCGUGCCUCAACUGUUUUAAAUGAAUAUUCUAAUAUUUUUAUAUUACAUACAGGGUGUUAAUAUUAUACCAAAAAAAAUGUGCUUUUAUGUGCAAGUGUUGCCUUCGUAGAUAAGUAUAUUGUAUAGAUGUUAGUUAAGUGGUAUUCCCUUUUUGAAAUACGUUUUGUAUAUACAUAGGGAUGUUUAAUUUAUAUAUAUAUAUAUCAUUAUUGUAAAGUGGGUAUAUAAAUUGAUAAUAUAUUAUGUAAAUGUACAAAACAUAUACAAGAUUAUUGUAACAUUAGAUAGAGGUUUUAGUGUUAUUUUAUCUCACAGUUUAAUUAUUUGUUGGUGAAAACACUAUAUAUAUAUAUAUAUAUGUUUUUUUGUUUCAAAGUGUGAUUUCUAUGAGAGUGAUAUACGAGAGUCCAGUCGACUGAUCUUAUAAGUCGUAUGUUUGUCACGCACUGUCGAGUGUUAUUGUUAAUGAAACGUCACUCGUUGGGAGUUUGUACAUUUUAACUGAGUUGCACUACGUUAAGGGUUACGGAUGUAGUAUCUAAGUGUUUGUUUUUUUCUGUUAGUGUUUACGCAUAUCCUAUGAAGCCAGUAACGCACGUGAUUAUAUCGUUAUAGACGUAACAUUACACACCUGCUAUAAUGUAACAUUUGUUAAGAACGAGACGCAGCGUGUUGUUUCUUUUUUUUUUUUUUUGUUAUAUCUAAUGGGAAUAUUGUUUUUUCGAGUGUACCUAAUUUUGAAGAUGUUUUUUAAGAUUGACCAAAUAAAUGUGUUCUGAUAAAAUUAAA